AUGUUAGGAAGGACGUGGCAGUUGUUUGCUAAGAACAACAGUUGCACACGUGCGGCUACCAACUUCCGGGGAGUUUCCAAGUCAUUCACCACUUUGAAGUCAACAGUUCAAUUCCAACCAUUAAGGAAGCUACAAUUACCAACCACCAUAAGAAAUUAUGCUACUGUUCCAUUGGCUGAACUCAGCAGUAAGAACUUGCCUCCAUUAGUGGCUCCAAAUAGAAUUGCUUAUUGGCUUAUGGGAACCUCCACACUUGUUUUUGGAAUUGUUGUGUUGGGAGGGUUAACUAGAUUAACUGAAUCGGGAUUAUCCAUUACUGAAUGGAAACCAAUCACCGGAGCCAUACCCCCAUUGAAUGAAGAGGAAUGGGAAUUGGAGUUUUCCAAGUAUCGUGAAUCACCUGAGUUCAAACAAUUGAAUUCAAAUAUCACAUUAGAAGAAUUCAAAUUCAUUUUCAGUAUGGAAUGGGGUCAUCGGUUGGUUGGUAGAACCAUUGGUAUGGUUUUCAUACUUCCAGCGUUAUAUUUUUGGAAGAAGGGUUAUUUCAGCCCUCAUAUCACUCGUAGUGUUAUUGGUUUAACUGCAUUGUUGGGGUUGCAAGGCGCUAUUGGAUGGUGGAUGGUAUAUUCUGGCUUGGAUGAAGACCAAUUAAAGGAAAGAAAGUCGAAACCAACUGUUUCUCAAUAUAGAUUAACAACACAUUUGGGGGCUGCUUUCUUGAUGUAUUUGGGAGUCUUAUGGACAGCCUUUGAAAUUAAGAAUGAAAAUGCAUUACUUUCAAAGCUCAAAUCGACACCUGAAAAGGCUCAAACACUUGUUAACCAAUUAAUGUCUCCUGCUUUAAAGAAAUUCAGAUUAAUGGGUGCUGGUUUAUUGUUAUUAUCUUUUAUCACUGCAAUGUCUGGUGGUAUGGUUGCUGGUUUAGAUGCUGGUUUGAUCUAUAACACCUUCCCUCAUAUGGGUGAUGAUUAUAUUCCUUCAACAAACGAGUUAAUGUCACCUGUGUUCGCUAGAAAGGAUGAUUUAUCUGACUUGUGGUGGAGAAACCUCUUUGAGAACCCAACCACCGUGCAAUUAGUCCAUCGUGUAUUUGCAACAACCACAUUCUUUGCUAUUCUUUGGGCUCAUAUUGUUGUCAAUAAAAACAAGGCAAUUAUCCCUCCUCCUGCUAAAAAGGCAAUCCAUGGCUUAAUGGGGUUGGUUUCAUUACAAGUUGCUUUGGGGAUUUCCACUCUAAUUUAUUUGGUUCCAAUUCCUUUGGCUGCUGCUCAUCAAGCGGGUGCUUUAGCUUUAUUGACUGGUGCUUUAGCAUUCUGUGCUAGAUUGAAAAAACCAAGACCUGAAGUCGUUGCUUACAUCAACAAAUCGAUGAAGAAUAUGCUACUCAAAAACAAGUCUGUUUAA